AUGUCUCCCUGGCUACGGCAGAUGGCAUUGUCUAUCAGCAUUGAGAUAACUUCAAGGAUGGCUCUGACUAAUCCCAUGCCACUUGGGCCAUGGAAGCUCACAGUCUAUGACCAAGAGAACUUCCAAGGCAAGCGCAUGGAGUUCACCUCAGCCUGUCAGAAUAUCAUGGAAUGUGGCAUGGACAAUAUCCGCUCUCUGAAGGUGGAGUGUUGCGCCUGGGUGGGCUAUGAACACUCCAGUUUCUGUGGGCAGCAGUUCAUCUUGGAAAAAGGUGACUACCCUCGCUGGGAGUCUUGGAGCGGCAGCAAUGCCUACCACAUUGAGAGGCUAACGUCCUUCCGGCCAAUCUGCUCUGCUAACCACAAGGAGUCAAAGAUUACCGUCUUUGAGCAGGAGAACUUUAUUGGAAACCAGUGGGAGAUAACCGAUGACUACCCCUCUCUCCAGUCCAUGGGCUGGCCCUCCAACGAGAUCGGAUCAAUGCAGGUGCAAAGUGGGGCCUGGGUUUGUUACCAGUACCCCGGUUACCGUGGUUACCAGUACAUCAUGGAGUGUGACCACCAUGGUGGCAAGUACAAACACUACAGGGAGUGGGGCUCUCACGCUCAGACCUUCCAGGUGCAGUCCCUCCGCCGGGUUCAGCAGUGAUGGCAGCUCGCCCAGCUCCCUUCUUCCCUCCCCCACCUCCUCCUCUUCCUCCUCCACCUCUUCUUCACCUCCACCCCUUCAUUUUCGAUACCAGCAAGCCCAGCACAGGCUGAACGUCUGGUGCAUUCGGUAAAUGUUUACAGCAUUUUCUUCUUUCUGCGUGCCAUCGAUUUGAAAGAAAAGAGUGAGAGGAAGCAGACUGAUUCUGUGAGCAGCACAGUGGUGUGACUUAAGCUUUGCUCCUUAUUGCAGUCAUGAUGCAGUCUGUGCAAAAGAGAUCAAUAAAGGUACAC